AUGAGGCCCUACAAGGACCUGUUCAAGGAGGCCAUCGACCACGUCGCGACAUCUAUCAGUAUAAGGGCCGAGGCUAAAGUGCGCAGGAUCUUGACGGCGCGCCUCGUGGGUGCGGACCCGGCCCAAGGCAACGCCACUGCCGAACAGCAGCAACAGUCCGACCUAGCCGACGUGUCGAUCCUGUCGGCGGGCGGUUCGCGUGCUGACGGACCACUUGGUCAAGGAAACCGUCGACAAGUUUACAAAGCGGCGUGCAGCAGCGCUCCACCGCCGUCCAGCGGCACGCUGACUCUCUCGAUCAACGAUGAGAAUGCGUUGCUGCUGCCGUCGAAGUUGUCGUCGUCGCGUCUGUCUACGGUUGCCUUCGACCACCAGAACAACCCUCGCUUGAUUGGCCGCUACCUGCGUCCGGAGGUGGCCCACUGGGAGGAGGCCUUCGUGAUCACGUCACAGAACGUGGCUUUCAAGGGUCUCCUGGAGACUUGCGCGCCUCGCAUCCACACGAUCACCCGGUCGCGUCCGGCCCCUGCAACACCGGCGGUCUCGACACACUGCGAAUACCAGGUGCACACCACGCCGGGGCUGGCUCGCAACAUCGCCAAUGCCGAUCGGCUCAACUUGGACGUGUUCAUCGUGCUGGGAGUCGAGGCAGAGGUGCCCAUGGCCCGAUGCCAGGGCGACUUUGUGAAGCACGCCGUCGGCGACGCGGCCCACCACGUCAGGCUGCGUACCUACUACGACCCCGAAGAUCCCAUCCUUGCGAAGUUGAGCCUGUCGGGUUUGGCUGUCCUCACCAGGGAACAACAAGCCCCCGGAGAUGGCCGCCUGCUAGGGCUCCUCUUCUUCUGA